UGUCGUUGAUGUCGAUGGACCUCGUCAGUAACUGCCCUCUCCCUCUGAAUCUGCGUUCUCUUCUCUCGGAAAAUUGAAACAGUGUUGAGCGUUUACCCCCGAAUCAGAUCAGUUCAUCCACCGACCUAUCUUCGAAAUUCCGAUCAUCAUCACUGUGUAUAUCUUCUCUGAGUUUUUCUUUGCAGUUGUUUCCGGAAAUGGACAGUGGCCCGCCUUACAGGGACGGCUUGCCAAAGACGUCUUCGUCGUCGUCUCUGAAAGGAGGAGAAAGGCGAGGGAGAUCGAAGCCCCUCCAGACUUCCAAGUCCUCCAUCGUCAUGGCCUUCUUCUCCUGCCUCGCUUGGCUCUACAUCGCUGGCCGGUUGUGGCAAGAUGCAGAAAACAGGACUUUAUUGGCUGGUCUUCUCAAGAAGAACGCCGACCAGAGACCUAAGGUUCUUACAGUUGAAGAUAAGCUCAUGGUCCUUGGAUGCAAGGACUUGGAGAGAAGGAUAGUGGAAGCUGAGAUGGAACUAACUCUAGCAAAGAGUCAAGGAUAUCUCAGAAAUCAGCUGCACAAAAGUGGGUCUUCUUCUGGGAAAAGGCUUCUUGCUGUAAUUGGAGUUUAUACUGGAUUCGGAAGCCGGUUGAAACGAAAUGUGUUUAGAGGGUCUUGGAUGCCAAAAGGUGAUGCUUUGAGAAAGCUUGAAGAAAGGGGAAUAGUCAUACGUUUUGUAAUUGGUCGAAGUGCCAACCGAGGUGAUAGCUUGGAUCGCAAUAUUGAUGAGGAAAACCGCCUGACAAAAGAUUUCUUGAUUCUUGAUGGUCAUGAGGAGGCUCAAGAGGAGGUGCCCAAGAAAGCAAAAUUCUUCUUUAGUACAGCUAUUCAAACCUGGGAUGCAGACUUUUAUGUAAAAGUUGAUGACAACAUUGGCCUUGAUCUUGAUGGGCUAAUUGAACUUCUUGAAAGCCGACGAGGUCAAGAUAAUGCUUACAUUGGAUGCAUGAAGUCUGGGGAUGUGGUAACUGAAGAGGGAAAGCCAUGGUAUGAACCUGAAUGGUGGAAAUUUGGGGAUGAGAAAUCGUACUUCCGACAUGCAGGUGGUUCACUUUUUGUUCUCUCAAAGAAAUUGGCAGAGUAUAUAAACAUAAACAGUGUGUCUCUGAAGACUUAUGCUCAUGAUGAUAUAUCGGUUGGGUCAUGGAUGAUGGGUGUCAGAGCAACCUACAUUGAUGACAGCCGUCUGUGCUGUAGUAACUCAAGACAAGCAAGCAUUUGGGCGUGAGUUACACGCGGUGGGCCCCACAUUAAUCAAGCCAAUGGGAGCAUGCCACGUGUCUCCAUCUGCAAGAGAGGAAGAGGCCGGCUGGCGGCGGCGGCGGCAGAUAGCUGCCUGAAACGACAAAGAGAGAGAGAGAGCAAGCGGGACUGACAGAGAAAGAGCGAGAGAGGGGCAGAGAGAGAAAGAAGACGACCGCCCCCCUCCGACGCCAUAGCCGACCACCCGCCCCAAAUCGAUGCCUGCACCGCCCCCGACGCCAUAGCUGGCCACCUGCACGAGGAAGGUGAGUGAUACAGAGCGAGGGAGGGAGAGCGAGAGAUACAGAGAGAGCGAGAGCGAGAGAUGCAGAGCGAGAGCGAGGCAAAGAGAGGAAGAAGACGACCGCAGAAGAGGAAGAUGCCAUCGCCGCCCCCCGACCCCAAUCGACGCCAUCGCCCUCUACCCGCCCACGCCUGGCCACUGCUAUCGACAGCCCCCCAACCUUGGUCGACGCCUCGGACACUGCUAGCGACCACCGACAGAGAGAGCGAGAGAGAGGCAGCAGGCGGGAAGAGAGAGGCAGCGAGCGGGAGGAGGUCGCCGGAGACAACAAGGAAGAAGGAGGUGAUGUGUUGCACGCGCCUCAAUCGCGUGUGUAAUACACGCAUUGACCCAGGUGUGUGUAAGAUUCAAAAUUGGAAGUUGAGGGGGCUAAUAGGUCCUUCUUUAAGUUAAGGGGGCAAAAUGGUUAAAUGGUGAAAUGUGAGGGGGCUGGGUAUGCCUUUAGCCUUUUUUAUUUCAGUUUCUAAGUUUUUUUCUCGAUGGCCUGACCCUAAAGAAAUGACAUGUCACGUGAACAUACACUAAUCACUUCUUUGUCCUACAGACCUGUUUGUCCCCUUUGUCAUUUUGGUUGGCACGUUGUCUGUUCUCUUCUUUCUCUCUUCAUUAUUCCUUUUUUAGUAUUAUUAUUGAUUUCUUGUUCUU